AUGGAUGACCUUGAUGAUGAGCUGGAUCUGCGCUACCAUCGCGGCGUGAAACCGGAUGUUUACUACCGUGUACCGACCAGUGAGUCUCUGGACGGUGCACUCCGAAACGAAUUGGAAAGAAACGCGUCGACCUUGAUACCCUCAGAUAUAGUUACCGAGUUUGUUUUCGCGGCCGCCUCCACCGUCACCGUCCCCGUAACCCAACAAGCCAACCUAGAUGCCCUCAUCGAGCCUCAGGAUUACGCGCAGAGCAUCCAAGUCGAGUAUGCACUGUGUCGAGAAUUUAAUAGUAAAGACCGACUCAAGAUCCAGAGGGCGGUUUCCAAGUCUAUUGUAGCAGCCAUCGAAGAGGCAGACGGAUUCAAGUAUUCUGAGCGUCGCGCCUACAACUCCAAGACUGGCGGUGAUGGUGCUCGAUUGAACUAUGUCUGCCAAGACAGCCUGCAGAACAAAGAUCGGAAGGCCAACAAGAAAAAGGAAACUGAUGCAGAGGACGGCGAUAGCGAUGGCGCUACGAACAGGGAUACAAUACCAACUUACGACUGUGGAGGCGCCAUUCGUGUGAAGUUCUCGAUCAAGCGCGGAGCCAUCAAUGUCGUAUACAAGCACAAUCCUAUUCACAGGGAUGUUGAUAUACCACUGACUUCUCACAGUGUUUCUGCUGUCCCACAAGCGAACGGUGGCGCCACACCCAAGGCCGCAAAGGCCCCUAACGGAUCUGUCAAGAAGAGGAAACGCAGCAAGAAAGAUCCCGACGUUGGAAUCAAUGACGAGCUCCACGACCCUGAUCUCGACAUGUCGACCUCGCCUGACGCAUCCAAAUCUUCAGCGAAAAAGAAGCGCAAGAGCAAGGACACUGCAACUUUUGCUGCGGGCUCUUCGAAACCAAAGAAGAGUGCAGCAAGAGAGCCGUCACCGCCACUAAGUCUUGCUAAAAACAAAGCAUGCAUUCGGUGCCGUGAGGAAAAGAUCAAGUGCGACGAAGCAAAGCCUGUGUGCAAUCAAUGCAAGAGAGGUUUGUGGACUUGCCAGUACGAGGUCGCGGGUACUAAGCAACGCUCGAAGAAUGGCUGCGUCAGCUGCAAGCAGCGCAGACGCAAGUGUACGGAAGAGAAGCCGUAUUGUGCGUAUUGUCUGAAAAAGAACGACAAUUGCGAGUACGCCGACUAUUCUUGA